GCCUUGGGACGCGCGCCGGUUCGCCAGACGUUCCGGUGCUUUGACGGACCGCGCUCAUGCCAAACUACGCGUGGGACCGCCCAUCGCAGAAUGAAGUGUCUGUGGCUGGUUGUGAUCACUGUGCUGUGUUUGAGGUGCGAAGCCGUCGGCAACAAGCCUCGGAGAGGACGCGGCAGCAUGUGGUGGGGGAUAGCGAAAGCUGGCGAGCCAAACAACUUAUCACCGUUAUCACCUGGAGUGCUGUACAUGGACCCGGCGGUUCAUGCUACGUUAAGAAGGAAGCAACGGCGGCUAGCCAGGGAGAACCCAGGCGUGCUGGCGGCGGUCGCAAAGGGCGCCAGCAUGGCUGUCGCGGAGUGCCAACAUCAGUUCAAAUACAGGAGAUGGAACUGUUCAACGAGAAACUUUUUAAGAGGGAAGAAUCUAUUCGGCAAAAUCGUUGACAGAGGUUGUCGAGAGACAGCGUUCAUAUAUGCAAUCACCAGCGCCGGAGUUACGCACGCCGUAUCCCGGGCUUGUGCUGAAGGCUCUAUUGAGUCGUGCACGUGUGAUUACUCCCACGUGGACCGCGCGCCUCACCGCUCGCGAGCUGCCGUCGCAGCUAACGUGCGAGUUUGGAAAUGGGGUGGAUGCAGCGACAACAUCGGGUUCGGCUUCAGGUUCAGCCGGGAGUUCGUCGACACGGGCGAAAGAGGAAAAACACUAAGAGAAAAAAUGAAUUUGCACAACAAUGAAGCUGGUAGAGCGCACGUGCAGACGGAAAUGCGACAAGAGUGCAAAUGCCACGGAAUGUCGGGGUCUUGUACGGUGAAGACGUGCUGGAUGCGGUUGCCGAACUUCCGCUCCGUGGGCGACGCGUUGAAGGACCGCUUCGACGGUGCCUCGCGAGUCAUGAUGCACAAUACCGAUCUGGAGAAUCCGGUACAGCGGAACGACGCGGCUCCUCACAGGAUACCACGCAGAGAUCGGUAUAGGUUUCAACUACGACCGCAUAAUCCAGAUCACAAAGCUCCCGGAGUCAAAGAUCUUGUGUAUCUAGAAUCAUCUCCUGGCUUCUGCGAAAAGAACCCUCGACUAGGCAUUCCGGGCACGCAUAGUCGCGCUUGCAAUGACACCAGCAUCGGUGUCGACGGCUGCGACCUCAUGUGCUGCGGCCGCGGCUACCGCACUGAGACUAUUUUUGUGGUAGAAAGGUGCAACUGCACCUUUCACUGGUGUUGUGAGGUUAAAUGUAAACUUUGUCGCACUGAAAAAGUGGUUCAUACGUGUUUAUAGACAGCUACGUAGUUAUGACUUUUGGACAUUUUCAGUGAUAGAGCAGAUACUCUACUUAGUGUUGAAUAUUUGUGGUUGUGACUCCAGCGCUUGAGUGGACCCGUUCAAAGUACUCGGAAGCAGAUAACGGACCGUGUAUAUAAUCACUUUACUUUUUCUUCUUCUAACGGAGUCGACGUUAUCGUAAUUCAUGUUGACUUAUGUAAAUAGUUCUGUAUGACUGUAUAUUUUUUCUCCUCUAUGCGUAUAAUUGAUCUGGCGUGAAAUUAAUAUAAGCUCUCGUUCGGUUAAUUUAUUUGGCUAUUAAGUGCGAACAUGUGAUCUAGUAACGUUAUUUUUUGUGGACGCUGUCGUUUGGAAUCUAAUGAGACCAGUUUUACGACAAUUUAUUUCUGUCAGUCUGUCAUCCCUCGUUUACAAUCGAAAUUGGCCUUAUUGGUUUCCUUACGCGCUCAGGUGUGUAAUUUAUUUAUUUAAGAUGCCGUACAUAUAACUCUCGAUUGACUACUCACCCAAGGGACACCUACGUGAAAUGCUUGACGACUUUAAAUGGUAUUACCUAAUAUCAUUUCAAAGUCGAUGUUCAUCUAACUAAAUAUCACAUCACGUCGUCGUUAAUGACUGCGACAACGACGACGUGAUGUGGUAUUAAUACUUUGUACUUUAAAGACGUCCGCGUGUGCACGCACGGACACGUAACUGUUUUAAAAUCCAAGAGCAAAAUUAUCUUGUACUUAAUAAUAUUUUCACAUUAUCACCGAGGCCGUUAAUGGAAUUUGUGGCUUAUUGCAUUUGCAUAAAAGUGCCUUCUUGGGUGUUCGCUGGCGAAAGCUGGCUCGGGCUUUAUCAGUCAGUAAGUAGCGCCAUCGUAAAAGUGUCCUACAUUGCGAGAUAACCGCUCUCGAGAAUUUUAAUUAAAUAUUAAAGGAAUUAAAUAAUCAGUAUUAUGCGUAUAAUAUUGCAUGUGUGUUGCGUUGGAUAUUUCGAGAUAAACGCGCACGCAAACGCACUCGGUACUUUGUUAUACAUUUUAUACAUUUGCUCGUCCCAUUAUACAGUUUCUAUGUACUUACGUAGUUAAAAGCAUGUGUAGCUACAGUACUACAAAUAUUUUGUUUCUUUUAAUAUACAUUUUAUUUGUUGUAGACAGGCAUUAUCGCAAGCUGUUGACUACUGGCUAUUUUUAACUUAUUUUCAUGAACUGGUAAUGAUUAACCCCCUGCUUUAACCACGAUAGACAAACCUGAACUUCAAAAGUUAAUUUAUUUUGACAUAAAUGGAAAUAGGUGUGUUAUUCACCUUUCGACGUAUUUAAAUAACAAUCUGACGUAAUAGAG